CGGUGGACACAGUGAACAGAAGGACCACAACCCCGAGCUGAAAAUACAAAACACACGAGAAAACUUCUUUAAACUUUUAAAUUUAUAUAAUUCUUAUAGUUCUUCCAUCUUUCGCUAAACUUCACAAUGUUCAUCCCGUCGCAGAAAUCACCACCGGAUCUGAAAGGAUUUACCCUCAUCAUGCCCGUGGUCGCUGUGGGUAACGUGGGGCAAUUGGCUGUAGACCUCAUCAUCUCCACCUUUGACAUGUGUCGAGUGGGCCACAUCCACACCGACUGCCUCGUCCCGAUAGCAGGAACCAACCCGUACAGCACCCGAAAAGAGGACGCAGACGGAGUGCACACAGCCGCAGAAGUUUACAUGUCCAGAGAAAUGAAGCUGGCAGUUCUUCAAAUCAGGUCCCCCGUCAUUCAUAAAAGAAGCAAACCGUUUCGUCAGGUGCUUAUAUCUUGGAUCAAAGCCAGUGGUUUCUCCAGGACGAUAGUUCUGUCCAGUAGUCAUGCUUAUCAGAGGGAUGACAGACAGCUGCAAGGGUCUCCUUUGAGGUAUCUGUUCACCCCGUCCAUGCUGAAGUUGAGUGAGGAAGCGCUGAAGGAGCUGGGGUGGACAGAGAUGGAGAAAGUCCAGGCUUUUCCCGGUUUAACAGAUGGAACUUCAGAGCCACGACUUUACAUCCCAGGAGGCGGCAUCACCAAAGGGCUCUUCACUGACGGUUGUGCGGAGGACCUCCCACUGGCUGUGCUGCUGGUCUUUUGCUCAGAGGGAGACAACAUCCCAGACGCAUUCAUAUUGAUCAACCAUCUCAAUAGCUGGCUCCACCUGCUGGACAAUCCUGGUGAAGGUCAAAACAAGUGGAAGGUCCCACCUUCCUGGACUCUGAUGUUUGGAGGCGGCAUCCCACCUGCACUUUUCUAAAACAUAAUUCAUUCCCAAAUGUUGUGGCAAACUAUAAAAUGCCAAUGUUUGACUCAGACAUGACAUGAAAGAUGCAGAGAUGUUAUUUUUCUUCUUGUAAACAUCAUUACACACAACAUUAAAACCCGUCAAAAUUG